AUGCCUAACUCCUCCUCCUCUGCGGUUGCCGUGGUGUUUGAGUUGGAGGGCUUCCUGGUCGCCCCCGCUUCCAUGCCCUUCCUCUUCCUGCUGCUGCUGUGUGACUUCCUGGUGGCGUUGCUGGGUAACGGUGCUGUGCUGGUUGCCGUGGUGAUGGAUCGGCGGCUGUGGCAGCCCAUGUUCGUGCUGAUGCUGAACCUGGCGCUGGUUGACCUGUUGGGGGCAGCAGCCGUGUGUCCCCGCCUCCUCGCUCACAUGCUCUUCACCGAUAGGUCGCAGCGCUACAUAAGCCACGCCCAGGCGCUGCUGCAGGCCUUUGCUGUGCACACCUACGGGAUCACUGUCCAGACUGUGCUCGCUGCCAUGGCCUACGACCGGUUUUGUGGAACUCUGAUCCAGCACGCGUACUGCAGUAACCGUGGGUUACUCUCGCUGUCCUGCGAGCCCUCGCCUGCCAACAACUACUAUGGUCUGGCUAUGACGUACCUGGUAAGCACCACCGUGUUCCUGAUCACGGCGUUCUCGUACACCCGGAUCCUGAUGGCGGCGGUCUGGACCCGGCUCAGACCGGGUCGGAGCGGUCUAGACGCGGCUCAGACCCGGUCUAAAGCGAUACAGACCUGCUGCUCUCACCUGGUGGUGUACGUGGUGUACAAUGUGGCCUCCGUCAUCAUCAUCAUCUCAUACCGCCUACCGCCGUUCGCCGUCACCCCCAACGUGAAGAAGCUCUUCACCGCACUCUUCAUCAUCCUCCCGCCCGCCCUCAACCCGAUCAUCUACGGCCUGGUGAGCCGCGAGCUGCGCGCCGCGCUCUACCGCCAGCUGCGUCGUGCUGUGCCGAGCCGAGGGAGGCGCACAGUGCCCAAGAGACACUGA